CUCUCUAUCCCAAUAUCCCAUAUUCUUCUUCCAGACGUGGAUAUCUCUCUGAUCAGGGGUAAAUCAGGGGAGGAUUUAGGAGUAGUGCAUAAUCAUAAGCGAAACCUAAAACUCAUGGCGGAUAUCUCUCUGAUCGUCUGCUUGGUAGAUCGAGCCUCCUUAUAGGUUGUGCAUCCUCCACUGGCUAGGAUGCUCAUGAAAAAAUCUCACUCCAUCGCUUCUUGUGUACUCUUUUUUGCUGAAUCUUCACCAGGAACUCAUCAAAACAAGAAAUCCUAAAUAAAUUUCGGGCUGCAGAUCUUCAAGAAAUAACAACUUGCAUGUAAGGCAGUAUUGAAUGUUGAUGCAGUAGCUUACAAAAGUUUUACUUCACAAUUUAUGGCAAGAUUAAGAUACCUGAAGCAAACUUCCAUUAGGGCUCUCCUUUCUCCUCUCAGUAAAAAAUAUACCUUCUUCAACUAUUCAACUACAGCAGCAUCUGCCGCCACCAAUGUCGUCCUUUUGAAACCAUUAUAUUUGUCUGAUUCACCAGUGCGGAAAUUACAGGCAGAGGAUGUGGUGGUGACGUUCCGAGAAUGGUUCAAGUCUAGUAGGACCCCUUCUAUUGACCGCGUCCUUGAAAUCUUAUCUUCUGAUGGUGGCAGUAGAGGCAUUGGUGAGAAAGAAGAUUUUGUGUCGUCACGUGAAGCCGUAGAUGUGUCGCUGUCACGGUUGAAUCUUCAUCUUACCGAAUCAUUCGUUCUCGAUGUGUUGUCCUACGGGAAAGAUGUGUUGUCUUGCUUGAAGUUCUUUGAUUGGGCAGGGAGGCAACCAGGGUUUCACCAUACUCGGGCUACAUUCAAUGCGAUCUUUAAGAUACUUUCGAGGGCAAAGUUAAUGUCUUUGAUGUUGGAUUAUCUAGAUAACUAUGCUAAGCAUUGUGGUGGUCACAAGACCAAUUUUCAUGCCAUUUUAGUGAUGGGUUAUGCUGUGGCAGGAAAACCAGAAAUCGCGCUCCAAUUGUUCGGCCGAAUGCGAUACCAGGGCAUUGAUUUAGAUUAUUUUUCUUAUCAUGUACUCUUGAAUGCUUUGGUAGAGGAGGAUGAUUUUAAUGGAGUUGAGUCAGUUGCAAGACAGAUUAAGAGUCGAGGAUUUGAAUCAGAGGUCACUUACUCUAUAUUGGUCAAGGCUUUCUGCAGGAAAAAGGAGUUUGAUAGAGCGGAAACAUAUCUUCGUGGGGUGAUGGAUAGUGGGGUCAAAAUAAAGAGUGGUGGGCAUAUGGUUGGUGCUCUUGUGGAUGGGUUAUGCAAAAAUGAUCAAUUUGAUAAGGCUGGGAAAUUGGUGGAUGAGUUUGGGGAAUUCUAUGUCUAUGAUAUAUGGAUUAGAGAGCUUCUACGGGCUAGGAAACUAGAUGGAGCUAUGGAGUUCAUGCAAAAGACAAGGAACCAGGAGUUGGUCGUUCACUAUGUCCCAGAUGUUUUCCGUUAUAACACCUUGAUAAUGAGGCUCUUGAGAGAGAACAGACUUGAAGAAGUGUGUGAUUUGGUAAUUGAGAUGAGGGAAAACAAUAUACCCCCUGAUGAGCUGACUAUGAAUAUUGUUUUGUGCUUCUUUUGCAAGGCAGGGAUGGUUGAUGUUGCUCUCAAAUUAUAUGAUUCAAGAGGGGAGCUUGGGUUAUCACCGAGUAGCAUGGCUUUUAAUUAUCUUWUGAACACCCUGUGUGGGGAUGGAAGUGUUGUUGAUGCAUAUCGUAUUUUCAAGAAUYUAAUURAGSAAGGGUAUUUYCCUGGWAARACGACCUUUUCUAUCCUUGCUAACGCUUUAUGCCAGCUGGAAAAGCUUGACAUGAUGAAUGAGUUGUUUCUUAUAGCCUUAGAGAAAAAUGUUGUACUGACAGAUUCAAUUCAUGAAAAUUAUAUCAUGGCCCUUUGCAGGACUGGGAGAGUUGAGGAUGGUUAUUUCAUACAYSGGGAGCUCAACAAGCUCCASAAAGUUACAACUAGACRURCUUAUAGWAAYAUGAUAAWYGGGUUUAUCAAGUCAAAAAGGGGAGACAUUGCUGCUAGACUACUGAUUGAAAUGCAAGAAAAAGGUCACACCCCAACCCGUCUAUUGUUCAGGGCAGUCAUUCAGAGUGUAUGUGAGAUGGAAAAUCCAGAGAAGCAAUUGCAAAUGUUGUUGGAAAUGCAGUUAUCUCUUCAUGAACUUGAUUCUGGUGUUUUCAACAUUUUCAUUGAAGGAGCUGGCCUUGCCAAGAAACCUGACCUGGCAAGAGAAGUAUAUGAGAUGAUGAAGAGAAGUGGAAUUUCUCCUAAUGUUAGUUCUGAUAUUCUAAUGUUGAAGAGUUAUCUAAGGAGCGAAAAAGUAUCUGAUGCUCUACAUAUUUUCUAUGAUAACCUAAAGAGAAGAAAGAUAGGAAGAAAAGUAUGCAAUGUUAUGGUUACUGGUCUUUGCAAAGCAAAUAAACCAGACAUUGCAUUAAGCAUCUUUUCAGAAAUUAGAGAAAAGGAGAAGGCCAUAAGACCAAGUCUUGAAUGCUAUGAGGAACUUAUUUAUGCAUUGUGCAGAUAUAAGCGAUAUGACAAGGUCAUGAAUCUUAUUGAUGACUUGAUUGAAGUUGGCCGUCCUCUGUCAUCCUUUAUUGGUAACAACUUGCUUUUGCAUUCAUUGAAGCAUCGGGAGCUAUAUAACACUUGGGUGGACUCAAGGUCUCCUGAUGAGAUAUCUCCUAUUUGGAAACUUAUGGAGCUAGUUGAUUUGUUUUCCAACCAUUAUAGAAAUGACAUAGAUCCUAAUGACUUGGAAAAAGUAGUGGGAAACUGCUUCCCACUUGAUAUAUACACUUACAAUAUGCUUCUAAGAAAACUAAGCAUGAAACAAGUAGAUGAUGCUUCUCUGUUGUUUCAGAAGAUAUGUCGAGAAGGGCAUGAGCCCAAUCAGUGGACCUAUGAAACUCUGGUGCAUGGAUUUUUCAAGCAUGGUAGGAAAACUGAUGCUAAGGUGUGGCUGGAGGAGAUGUUACGAAGAGGGUUUGUUCCAAGUGAGGCUACCAAAGUAUUGCUUUAAAUAUGAUCAGAGAGUUAUAUGCUUGCAGAAACAGAUGAAAUAUCCCUCUUCAUCUUCCAUCUUCUCCAGACCUGCUCCUCCAUUUUCUUUGAUUUCAUCACUCAAAGACAGCCAGGAAAUCUAACCAGGUACUUUAAUUGCAACUCAUCUCUGUAUCUGAUUUUCUGAUUCAAGUCUUUCUUGCUCCUUUUCUCUAUCUUAAUUUAUGUUUGCCUUAUUGGUCCAAUAAAUAGACGAACUACUUCAUUUUUUAAGAGUCUGUUCAUCGCUUCUUUGUGAUUGCCAUGCUUGAUUAGGCAGCAACCAUUAGAAACUUGAUGAGAAGAUUUAAACCGUAGAUGUUCACUUCCACUUUUUCCUUUCUCUAUAUCAAGUAAACAACUAAUUUCAAUUUCUGUGUUUUUAAUUGAUUGAUUUGAAGUUAGUUGAACUGGGUUGUCAUAUGUAUGUUCUGCAUUUUCCAUGUGUGGAUAAUUGAUUGGUCUGGAUGUUAUUUUUCAACUUGAAAAAGAUUGUAUGUGAUAAUUUAAUGUGGAAAUUAGGUGUUUGAUAAAGUGCCCGUGAUACCUUGUUUAGGCAUUAACUAACUUUCCUUCUUUUUCUUCUUAGAUUGAUUAUUGUAUUAUGUACAUUGAACAUACCAACUAAUUUAUAAUAUCCUUUAAUCUAGUUGAUAUACGUGAUUAUCAAUUUAUCAUCACAUUGCUUUGAGAGUAUCCGUUAGACGCAUACAUUCUUGAAUCCACAUUUGACCAAUAUAAGAAGGUGGUGUUGUUUUUCGAAAAGAACUUCUAUUCAACACUUAUGUCUUACCGGAUAAGAGGUUAGACCUUACGACUUUUUUUUUGUGAUAAGAACUUAAAACCUGUUACCUUCCUCUUACUGGACAAGAGGUUAAAUCACCUCUUAACAUACUCUUAUUGGCAAUUAAAGGCAAUUGAUAUUUUCCAUUUUAUUAUUAUUUAUUUUCAGAUAAUGGAAUUCUUAUUUAUAUAAAAAUAAAGAUA